AUGAUUCUAAGUUUGGGAGCUUGUCAGCCCAAAGAACAAGAUUUAAGCUUGGUGAGUUAUGAAAAAGACCAUCUAAAUAGAAGUUUUCAUUCAGCUUGGUACAACAGAAAGUUAAUUGAUAAUACAUAUGUAAAACGGGAAUGGCUUAGUUAUUCUCCUAAAUUAAAUAAGAUAUUUUGCCUCUAUUGCAUAUUAUAUGGUAAAAAUACCAAUACUGCAUGGACAAAAGAAGGUUUUUGUCAUUGGAAAAAUGGAUCAUUAUCAAUUACUAAACAUGAAACUUCUUCUACUCAUAUAUUUGCAUCUUUAAAAGUUAAAUUAAAACAAAGUUGUCUACCAAUUCUACCAUCAAUACUUGAAGACCAUAACCGGCAAGUGGCAUUCAAUAGGGAACUAGUUAAACAAUUAAUUGAAAUAACAAUUUUUUUGGCAAGACAUAAUCUCCCAUUCAGAGGGCAUAAAGAAAAUUGGGAAAGUGACUUGAAAGGAAAUUUUAAAGAUAUGGUUGUUCUAAUUUCACAACAUUCGCCUACUCUAUCUGUUCAUAUCAAUCAGUUAAUGGCCAAAGGAAAGAAAGAAAAUUCUUUUAUUUCUUGGGAUCGACAGAAUUCUCUAAUAGACUCCAUUGCUCAAUAUAUUUCGUCAGUUAUUAGAACACAGAUUGUGAAGGCUGGAUAUUUUAGUAUAUGUAUGGACACGACAUUUGAUGUUUCACACAAGGAGCAGCUUUCAUUUAUUGCAAGAUACAUUUUCAAAUCUAAAAUACAUGAAAGAAUUAUUGCAAUAACUGAAUCGCCUUUAACUACUGGUAAAGUGCUUUUUGACAUGUUUAAAUGUGUAAUGGAAAAAUGUGGUUUGAACUGGAAGAAAAAUUUAGUUGGUCAGUCUUACGACGGUGCUGCAAAUAUGAGGGGGUCAUACUCUGGACUCCAAGCACGAAUUCUUGAUGAAAAUCCAAAAGCUCUUUUUGUGUGGUGUCAUGCCCACAGAUUAAAUUUAAUAGUUUUAUCUGCUGUUGGAUCUUGUAUAGAAGCAGUAGAUUUAUUUGGGAAUAUGGAAAAACUUUACUGUUUUAUAACAUGCAGUAAAAAAAGAUCAGACAUUUAUAGAAUGAAGCAAAAAGAAAUUUAUCCAAAAAAACAAGUACAUGCAAUAAAAAGAGUUGGUACCACAAGAUGGAUGUCAAACUCAUUUGCCUUGGCAACAAUUUUUGAAACACUGGAAGCAAUAUUGGAUAUGUUAGAGGAAGUUAAAAAUCAAGAUGGCUCGUCAGAUUAUAAAAUAGCCACUGAAUGCAAUGGGCUAUUAAUGUAUUUUCAGUCUUCUCGUUUUAUUGUAACAGCAUUUAUGUUUAAGCAUCUGUUUGAUAUUCUAGGGCCUUUAAGUAAAUUAUUUCAAGGUAGAGAUUUAGACAUUUUGGCUGCCGUCAAUUAUUUAAAAAAAGCAGAAAAUAAUAUUAUUAUGAUGCGUAAUGAUGAAGUUUUCAAUGAUAUUUUUGAAGAAGCAAAAUCAUUUUCAGAAAAACAUUUUGGUGAUUUUGAAAUAAAUAAUUUACGAUCCUUUAGGAACAGGAAAAAAAAAGUUGUUCGACAAAUCGGAGAGAUAACUUUUGAUGAAACUAUUGAGAAUCCAGUUCAAUACUUUAAAGUAUCAGUAUAUUUUGUAACAAUCGACAUUAUAAUACAACAGAUUCAUGACAAGUUUAAUCAAAAUUCAGUAUCAGUCAUGAAAGAUAUUGGUCUAUUAUCAUUAAAAAGAAUGAAAGAAAAAACUGAUCUCCCUCAAGAUGCAUUUAAAAUGAUAUGCAAUGUGUAUGGAUUAAACCAAGAAUUAAUCAAAAAUGAAUAUAUCAUGUUUAAAGAGAUUGUUAAAGAUUUAGAUGUUAACUUGUUAUUAAAGCUACCAGAAAAAAUCCAUGCAGACUCUGAUGAAGACAACAUUCAUAGUGACGAUGAAGAAAGUGAUGGGGAAAUAGACAAUUAUAAAAACAUGGCAAGUUUAAUAAAUAUUUUUGAAACAAUGAAUAACGCCAACAUAAAAGCAGAAUUUGAAAACUUAUAUAAUAUAAUUAAACUAAGCUUAACACUACCAACGUCUAGCUGUACAGUUGAAAGAAGUUUUUCAAAAUUAAAAAUUAUAAAAACCAGGCUACGUUCAACGAUGGAACAAACAAGAUUAGAAAAUUUAAUGCUCAUUUCAUGUGAACAUGAUAUAAAUAUUGAUAUUGAUAAAGUAAUAGACAUUUUUGCUGGAAAAUCAUCAGUUUUGACUAAAUUAUUAACCUUUUAA